AUGGCGGAGGUGUGCCUCCGCAUGGCGGUGCCGGGGAGCCGCGGGGUCUCGACGCUCUAUGCCGGCUUCCGUACAAGCGUGGCGAAACACGCCAUCAUGUGUCACCACCUCGUCGCGGCGCUCUCGGCGUGGUGUGGACUGCGCGACGAGGAGCUGUACCACUGCCACUUAGCCGUGUGCUGUGCAGCAAAGUACCUCGACGCCGGCAGCGCAAUUGCGGCGCGGUGCGUGCGCCGGCUGGCGGCCGCGCAAGACGGAAGUGGCGCUCUGAUGAUGAGCGAGAAGGAGCCGCCGCGGCUGCCGCUUCUGACCGACGACGCGGCGCUGGUGGAUGACGCGCUCUUCGUUGUCUUUUUGCGCGAGGCGGAGGCGCUGCAGGCGCCGCCCACCGUGGAACAGUGCACUGCCCGCCUCGCGUCCGCCAUGACGCCGUCGGGCCGUCUGCCGAAGAUCAAAGAGAAGCGCCGUGCGCCGCCGCGUAAGCCGAGCGCCACGCCGUUGCGUACUCGGAGCGCCACGCCGCGUGGCCGGGUGAGGUCGACGGGAAAGACAGCGAAGAAGGCGAAGGGGGUGCCGCAGCUCUCCGUCAGUGCGGUGAUGGAGUCGUUUCGUAGGNCAGUGAGGGCCUUUACUCGCUGCGCUCCAACGCUGGCUCAGAGUCUCCAACAAUGGUCACUUUUGUGCCGAAGCCGGCAUACGAUUGCUACAAGCACCUCCGCAGGGAGCUGCGGCAACUGA